AUGGAUCUUCUUUCUAGUUAUAAUGACGAUGCUUCAAAUAAUGAACAGGCUGUCACUGCCGAUGCGCCCCAAUCAACUGAAGCCGAAGACCUUCAGUCCGAGUGGGAAAACUUUGACAAAUCUGUAGAAUAUUCAAGACUCCCUGUCCACUCUGAAGCGUCACAGGCAGAUGGUGCCAACAAACAGCCAGGCAGAGAUUCUGUCAGCAAGCUGAACCAGUCAAAGACAAGCCUAGUGACUGAGAGUGAUGGUGAUGAUGAGUCCCACCUGCCUCCUGGUGUCAGGAAGAAGAACAGAUGCUACAGCAGCAGUAGCAGUUCAGAGGAUGAAGCAGCCAAAAAGAAGACAGGGAGUGAUUCGGAAUCAUCCAGUUCUGGUGACUCUGAUGCAUCGUCAAGCCACUCUAAGACUGGUGGGAAGAAAAAAAGUAGCAAGGAUUCCAAACCUCCAGUGUUGAAGAGGGAAACACCAGAGAUACAGUCAAAGAAGAGUCAGCGCAAGUCUCCAUCCAGAUCCUGUUCACGUUCUCCCCAGCGGAAGAGAAGACAUUCACGGGACAGGCGGUCUAGGUCUCAGAGUCGGCGCUCCACUAAGGAUGGACGGCACGACUCACGCCGCGCGAAGUCUAAGGAACGGAAGCGGUCGAAAGAACGAGAAAGCAGCAACAGGCAUAGAGAGACAAAGAGCAGGCGGAGCCGCAGUCGCGAGCGGCGGUCAGAGAGGGCUUCAAGAAGCAGCUUUGAUAAAAGCAAGAGAAGUCGAAGUAAAGAGAGGAGUAGGAGAAGCCGGAGCAAGGAGAGAAGCAAGCAAAGUCAGAGUAGGGAUAAGAAGAAGAGGAGCCUGAGCAGAGAAAAUGAAAGUGGAGAAAAGAGCAAAAGAAGUGAGAGCAAGGAAAGGAUUAGAAGUCAAAGUGUGGAGCAUUUAAAGAGUCCAGCUCUGGAGAACAGUAAGAGAGAUCCAAGUGAGGAGAAAGAAAAGAUUGAGGUUAGUCCAGGUGGGGAUCGAGACAAAAGAAGUCCAAGUAAGGAAAGUGUGAAAAGGAGUCCAAGUAAGGAGAAAGAUAUGGGGGUUGACAGUAAAGAAAGAAGUAAGAGAAGUAGAAGUCGGGAUAGGAGUAAGAGAAGUAAAAGCAAGGAGAGGAGCAGGAGAAGUAAAAGUAAAGACAGGAGUAGGAGGAGCCGGAGUAAAAGAAAUAAGGAAAGGAGUAAGAGAAGCCGAAGUAGAGAAAGAAGUAAAAGAAGUCGGAGUAAGGAUAGGAGUAAAAGAAGUAGAAGUCGUGAUAGAAGUAAGAGAAGCCGGAGCAGGGAUCGGAUUAAGAGAAGCCGAAGCAAAGAUAGGAGUAAAAGAAGCAGCCAGAGCAGGGAUAGGAGUAAGAGAAGUCGGAGCAAGGAUAGAAGAAGCCAGAGCAAGGAUAGGAUUAGGCGGGAAAGGAGAAGGAGUGACAGAAGUGCUAGUCCAGUGGAAGCCAAGGUGAUUAAGUAUGGAGAUAGGGUCAUCAAAGCGGGUGCUAGUUUUGGGCGACCGCCUCCCUCUAAGCCGAUGACUUUCAAGGAGAAGAUGAGACAGCAGCUGAUCAAGACCAUUGAAGAGGGUGGUGAUGUGUCACAAGCUUUUACAGACAAAGAUGGAACCGUCAUCUGCACGAGAACAGCAGGCACCCAGCAGAUACCUGCUGCCAAGACAGCACCUGUGCCUCUGAUGGCCAGCCUGGUGCCACCACCUCCUGGCCUGCCUACAGCAACAAUCACUGCAAAUGAAGCUGCCAUGCAGUCUAUGUUGGCCCUGCAGAAAGAGGCGACAGAAAAAACUGGGGUAGAAAUUCCAAAAUACUACAACCCCGCUGCCAUCAACCCUAUGAAGUAUGCUGAGCAGGUGCAAAAACGGAAACUUCUUUGGUCAAAGACAAAAGAAAAGGAUGUCAACACUCAGUGGAACACCACAAGCUUGUCCAGUGACCAUGACGACAAAUCGAAAGAAAAAUUCCGCAAACUUAUGGGCAUCAAACAGGAAACUGGUGACGGCGUAGACGACGACCAGGAUCUCAAGCAGAAAGAGCUAUUUGAAAAACUGGACAAGGAGUACCAGUUUGCCCGCAUGGCUACUCACACACACCGUGGAGUAGGGCUCGGAUUUGGAUCUAGUGGUUACCAACCACCUACAUCAUGA